GCCCUUUCCGGAAAGAAUGAUUUUUAGCCUUGUGCGUGUACAGUUUGAAUGAAAAUUUCGUUCUUCCCACAAGAAUGGAAGCAAGUCUGGAAGCAAGUUUUGGCCGAAAUUAGCAGCCAAUGCGCUUCCCAAACCAAGGCCGGGCCCGUCCUUCAUGUCGAACGUUGAUCUCUCAAGAAUCAGGACUCUUGUUACUCGGCGUUGGUCGCUUUUGCUUUGAAAGCAACGUUGGCAACAAGAACAGCAGCAACUGAAAUGCUACUAGACAGAGACGGAUAACUUUCUACACUAUCUUUCAUUCUCCCUUCAGUUUUGACAGAAUCCUGUAACUCGACUCUUCUGUUGAAAGAGCGACAUCUAUAUUCGACUAGCAAAGCAAUAGUCACCUGUGAAGUAGUUGUCGGCAGUUGUAGAGUUUGCUGACUACGUUUCCAAACCAACCCCCACAGACAGCGGUCUAUCCCUGAAUCCGACCAUGAGAGUGAUCAACUCUUUUGGGCCCGUUUGGGUCUUCCUGGCGGGGCUCAGCCUCGCUGGUAGUUGCAAUGGGAACUUUUUGCAGCCCUUGAGAAAUACUAUUGACCCAACCCAAUCGGAGAAUGACACGCCAUUCCUAACACUAGCGGAGGUACAUUCUCCCCCCAACGGUUUGCUGGACGGAAAAGCGUUGUCUGCCAAGCUGACGGAUCAAACUCGCAAACUUCAAGACAUGACGCCGGAGCAGUUGGCGAGUCAGUGGCAGGCAUCAGAUCCAACUCCAUCGGACCAGAGGCUUGCUCUAGUGACAUUCUAUUUUGCAAGUGGAGGGGAAACAACAUGGAUGCGCAAGGACAACUGGCUGAGUUACACUGUACCCGAGUGCCAGUGGUUUACAACCGGAAACCCUGCAGACGUGUGCGAUGCUCAGGGCAACUACAUCGGCUUGACUCUCAGUGCAAAUGGCCUGAGUGGAUCGAUUUCGAAUACUGUGGGCACCCUAUCGAUGCUUCGGCAGCUUGAGCUCAGCUUUAACGAUAUUGGUGGUGAAAUCCCUUCUGCCAUCUCGUCUGCUGCCGGUCUCCAAACCUUGAAUCUGGCUGCGAAUAAUCUAGUUGGAAACCUUCCACCGGAGCUAACCAGCUUGAGCAGUCUAUCUCGAUUUGCCCUCACUUCCAACAACUUGGUCGGUUCCAUCCCAUCGGGAAUCUCAACUCAAUCAAGUCUCCAGUUCCUGCAAUUGGGCAGCAACGAGUUCUCUGGAGUCCUUCCCGACGAUUUGGACAAUCUCGUUGGACUGGUCGAACUUGGGGUCGAGGACAACAACCUGAACGGUACCAUCCCGACACAGACUGGAAUGCUCAGGGGUUUGUCUUACCUAAACGCGAGCUCGAACGACUUUUCGGGUGUUCUGCCCACGGAAAUCGGAGGCUUGGUUGCUUUGAGUGAGUUGGACGUCGAGUCCAACAACAUUGGGGGUAGUAUCCCAUCUGAGGUUGGCAGUCUAAAUCAGUUGAGAACACUUUCUGCUGGUAACAACUUCCUGAAUGAUACACUACCUCCAAUCGGAAACUUGACCAGCCUUCAGAUUUUGAACAUCAGCGACAAUGAGGUUUCUGGUGUCCUGCCAGCUGACGUAUCUAAUCUUGUUGACUUGAGGGUUCUGUCGUUGGGCGACAACACGUUCACUUCGACUAUACCAACAGAAGUAGCAGGGCUUGGGAAUCUGGAACAUCUCAACAUCAGCAACAACGAGGUGACGGGGGUCCUGCCCACUGAGCUUGGUGGCUUGGUUUCUCUGCGGGAGCUUGCGGUAGAAUCGAACCAGAUUGAUGAGAGCAUCCCAACCGAAAUAGGUGGAAUCACCACCCUGGAAUACCUCAAUAUCAGUAACAAUGAAGUGACUGGGGCAUUGCCUUCCGAUCUUGCCAACUUGGUUGCAUUGCGGGAGCUUUCGGUGGAUUCCAACAACAUCGCUUCAAGCAUUCCAGACGAAUAUGGCAACCUAAGAGAACUGACCACGUUCACUGCUGGAAACAACCUCCUCACGAACUCCAUUCCAACUACAUUGGCUUCAGCAACAAAGCUGGAAAUACUCAACGUAAAGGAAAACACUCUGACUGGCGCGCUGCCUUCGCAACUGGUCUCCAUGUCAAAUCUGAAGAAUCUCAAUGCGGAAACUAAUAUCAUCAGGGGGAACAUCCCAACAGAAGUUGGCCUGAACAAAAACCUGAACUUCCUGGUGCUGAACAACAACUUGAUUGAAAGGAGAAUCCCGACUGAAUUGGGCCAAGCCAGGGGCUUGAGGGAUAUUCUACUGAGAAACAACACAUUGACUGGUUCCAUCCCAUCCGAGUUGGGUUUGAUUAAAGGUUUCGGAGCGGCCGCACGCCGCCUACAAGACGAUGGUUCAACAGACACAGGUUUGGAGAGACUUUGGGUGGACAGCAAUCAAGACCUCAACGGUACGCUGCCGUCAGAACUUCUGCAAAUUACAAGUCUCGAAGAAGUAUCCGUUCAGGACACUAAUGUUGAAGUUCCAGACGAGUUCUGUAUGGCAGCUAAUGGUCAAGUUAUUUCCGCCUGUCGACCCACGGCUGCUCCAACAACUGCUCCCACAGGACCUCCAACCCGCAAUCCCACUCGAACUCCAACUCGUACACCAACCCGCAACCCUACUCGAAACCCCACGCGAAACCCCACGCGAAACCCCACAGGAAACCCCACUCCCACACCAACCCGCAACCCCACACGCACACCAACCCGCAAUCCAACUCGGUUUCCUACACCCAUGCCUUCGCGUGAUUUCAAGGCCUUUGAAACAACCCUAGAGCUGCGCACUGCAGUCAUUGCGGUAAAUGCUGCUGGACUUGAUCCAACAUCGCAUGUUUACCUGGAGUAUGGUUUCCCCAUGGGUUCAUGGAACGUUUCACUUCUGGAUAGUCUUGACUAUCUGUUCCUCUUUUAUGAUGGUGUGGAUGCAAACUUGAAUGGAUGGGAUGUCUCCAGGGUUACGAGUAUGCUAGCAACAUUUCAGCAGACUGAAGCUCAGUUCGGUGUUGCUACAUGGGAUGUUCGCAGAGUAGUGAACAUGCGGAGCACGUUCAACCGGGCUUCAUUUGCAGGGGACAUCAGUUUGUGGCAAGUUUCGUUGGUGACUGACAUGAGUGGAAUGUUCCGUGGAACGACGGCAUUCAAUGGCGAUAUUUCUACAUGGGACGUGAGCAAUUGCAAGAGCAUGAGCAGGAUGUUUGAAGACUCUUCAUUCAACGGGGACAUUAGCUUAUGGAAUGUUGGUGCUGUCACCACCAUGCGAACAAUGUUCACCGAAAGCAGCUUCAACCCGAACAUCGUAGGCUGGGAUGUUAGUUCUGUCUUGGACAUGGAUGCUAUGUUUCUUGACAACCCUGCUUUCAACCAGGACAUUUCUGCAUGGGAUGUGUCCAGCCUAGUAACUGCCAGGUCGACCUUUGAAAAUGCGGCAUCAUUCAACCAAACUCUAUGUGACUGGAGGGAUCAUCUGCCAAGCUGGACAUUGUACGAUAGAACCUUUGUUGGCACAUCAUGCCCAGUUCAAUCAGACCCCGAUGGCAUGAACAUUGAAGGCCCCUUCUGCUUCAACUGCGAAACGGCACCAAUCACAAUAGCCCCGAGCACCAUGGUGCCCACAGGACCGCCAUCCAAUGUCCCCAUUGACCAAGUGGAAUUGUGGGGCCGGAACUAUAGUACAAGCACAACGACUAUCAUUGACCUUACUUCUUUGGAGACUGGCGGAAUAAUUCCAACCGAGGUGGGGCUCGUGACAUCCCUGGAAUUCUUGUUUCUCGGUGGCAAUUUUUUCACCGGAACCAUCCCAACAGAGAUUGGAGACCUGACCCUACUCCUAAAUUUGAACCUAUGGGAAAACUUGUUGACAGGGACCAUUCCAACAGACUUGGGAGCAUUGACGGCAGCGACACACCUGAGUAUGUUUGGAAAUAUGUUGAGAGGUACCGUCCCUCCUGAGUUAGGAGGUCUGCCAGAUCUAAUUGGCUUGUACUUGGCAGACAAUCAAUUGACAGGGACGAUUCCUGCCAGUAUCUGUGCAAUUGACUUUGCCAUAUUUACUGCCGACUGUGAUACUCCUGAAUUGGUUUGCUGUGAUGAACUUCCACCAACCGCAUCUCCAAAGCCGUCGGCGGUACCAACAACGUCUCCAUCUGCUUCACCAACAACAAGCCAGCCAACAGAUACCACACAGUUCUUUACCAGCACAGAAGAAUUAAGAAGUGCAGUCCUUGCGGCAAAUGCAGCCUUUGAUGAGUCUUGUGAUUCAUGUGAGGUGAACGAACAUGUCUACCAACAGUAUGGCUAUCCCAUGGGAGUCUGGGAUGUUUCGCGUGUGACUAGUUUGGAUGAGGUCUUUCUGGGCUACAACGGGCGUUCAUUUGACCUGAAUCAAUGGGACGUCUCAGCGGUAACGAGCAUGAAGUCAACGUUCAAGAUGUCAGAGUUUCAGCCAGAGAUUGGUUCCUGGGAUGUAAGCAAUGUGCAGGACAUGCUUCAACUGUUCUAUGGAGCAUCCUUUGAGGGUGAUAUAAGUGGGUGGGAUACGUCGUCGGUAACAAACAUGCAACUUCUGUUUUACCGUGCCUUGUUUGCUGGGGACAUCAGUGCCUGGGACGUCAGCAGCGUUGAAAUCAUGGAUUCCAUGUUUGAGGAAAAUGAAGUCUUCAACUCUGACUUGAGUAACUGGAACGUUGGGUCAGUAACUUCGAUGGUCUUUAUGUUUGGUGAUGAGAGUGUGUUUAAUAGGGACAUUGGUAACUGGGAUGUGAGCUCUGUGGCUGCGAGUGACUGUAUGUUCUGUUCAAACGACAGCUUUAAUCAAGACAUCUCGGGAUGGCAAGUUUCUAACCUAGCAGGAGCGAGACGAAUGUUUGAUGGCGCGAGCAGUUUCAACCAGAACCUAUGCGCCUGGCUGGAUGAUCUCCCAAGCUGGACCCUUUAUGACCAAACUUUUGCUGGCACUUCCUGCCCUACCACACAAGACCCAGACAGGUUCAAUAUGGCCGGCCCAUUCUGCUAUUCAUGUGCUCCUACAGUUUCGCCAGCGCCAUCCCUUUCCCAAGCCCCGUCACCCUCCCCGUCAGUUUCAUCCUCCCCGUCAAAUGCACCUGCCACGACCACACAAUCCCCAACCAGAUUCCCAACCCGUGCACCGUCACCAGCCCCAGGAGCAACAAGUGCACCAACAGUGUCCAGGGCACCAUCACCACGCCCUUCAGGGUCGAACUCGGACACGAGCGCACCGACAACGUCCACUGCACCCAGCUCUUCUCCAAGUACUUCACCCAGCCAAUCCCCAACAUCGCCCUUGGUCACAGGUGUUGAGAGAAGAGCCAGAGCUAGAUUUUCUUUCUUCAUUAUUCCCGGAACUCCACCCGCUGUAAUCACAAACGCUGAGAGAUUGGAAGUGGAAGGCAUCAUAGUGGAUUGGCUUGAGGCUCCGUAUCGUGAAUUGCUUAGUAGUGGGUUUAUUCAAGACAGCUCGAGCCGCGCCCUAGACCCCCCGCCUCUGGGUUUCGUACAGGGUCCGUCUGAAACAGGGUUUGGCUACUUUUGGUACAUGGACAUGAUUUCAGAGUACUCGUCCGAGGAGACUGCCCCAACUACAGCUGAACUUCAAGCCUUUCUGACAGAUGGAGAUUCUCCUAUACAACCGUUCUACACGAGCUCCUUGCUGACACGUCUCCAGAAUAGGGGUCCGCCUCAAUUCGUUUGUUGCGUGAAUAGAGUAGUUGUGGACAAUGCGCCACUACCCGGAUUUAUUCUUCCCAACCCUGAAGACCCGUUACCACCAACUGCGGCUCCCUUCAGUCCUCCCACGCCUCCCGCUGAAAUCACUGUUAGUUUCGGUGCUACAUUUACCAUUCUACCUGAAAGCGGGUCAUCCUUUCCACAACCCUUCGUUGGAACUCCAGAGCAACUGCAAAACGCCAUCAUGGCCUUUUACAACGGCAACUUCCAGAACCGAUUCCCGACUUAUGUUUACAAUAGUAUUGUGACGAGGUCUUCUGGUGUGGAUUAUCUCGAAGACUUUGACACUGACCAAGUGGUGUUUCAAAUGGUGUUGAGUCCGUCGUUUUCGGACCAGGCACCUUCCGAAGCUGCGGCUCGCUCCGCAACGAGUCGAAUCAGCAGCGACGCGUUUUGCAGCAGUCCGGACUGCGGGUGCUUCCUGGUCGACGGUGGGCGUGUGCGAGUACAGGCAAGAUCUCUUCAAUAAAUGAUCGAUCGGGCGUCGCGACUUUUUAGCAUUUUUGACUGUUGCAUAGACAUGCAUGUUGGAAUGACAAAAAGGCCAGCAAGGUAUCAUCAAGGGGCGAAGGCAUAACACGCUUGGCGCGACCUUUCUGAUUGCUUGUGAUCUUUAGCUGACUGAGUCAUCUGUUUGGAUAGUAGAUGUAAUUCUUAGAGCUCUUGUUAGUUAUUCG